AUGGAAACGAUACGGAAAUUGUAUCCGUACGCCGAGGAAUGUCUGCCACCGAAUGCUGAAGGUAGAAUAUCGGCAUCUGAACUAGACUUGAUGAUAAAAGCAGCAGCAACAGCAGGACCAACCAACAACACAGAUGAUUUAAUUAGGCUGUAUCUAGUAUUGGAAUGCAAUUCAUUCCCAACAGGACUCUUCCCAAGUAUAGCAUACACGAACCACUCGUGUUCACCCAACGCACGAGUGCAAGAAAUGGAUGAUGGAAGCUACUCGCUAGUAUCAUCAAAUACGAAAUGCAUUAGUGAAAAUGAAGAGGUCACUAUCUGCUACCUGGAUCUAGUACGGCACCCAAUGCUAGUAGACGAACGACGUAGAAAGCUGGACUCUCAAUACUUUUUCACUUGUGACUGUAGUAUGUGUAGCUUUGGAGUACGAGAGGGUAUUAAAUGUCCUUGUGGUGGUAUGAUACGUAUUGGGAAAUGCUCGAACGGCACCGAUUGCUACACCAAGACACGUAAUAUUGAGGAAAAGGUGGUGAAAUUGAUCUUCAUGGCCGAUAGAGAACCACACCAACCGCACUAUCUUGCUGUAUACCAUCCGACAAUACCCACUCCGGCCGUCCACAAACCACAGUUUAGCUCAUGGGAGUUUCCGGAGCACGAUUUCAGUACUGUAAUUCGACAAAAUGCACCACCAGUAUACUAUCAAGAGUAUCUGUAUAUGGAUAAAUCGCAUCCACUUCGAAGCAACACUAACGAUUAUAGGCUAUACAUGUCUUUGCCAGACACCUCACUUAAUAAUGCAUCCGAUGAGCAGUACCCAACAGUAACAGAGGGCGAGUAUUUGACGCCACCGCCUACUCCCGUAACGGCUGAUGAGAACGUUUCUCGAGCUCGACGAGGAAGCAAACCGACAGCUCGUGCUGGUGCAGCUGCACGUUCUAGAAGACCACAAUCUCCUGAAUCUGUGUACGGAGGUGUGAAUCAAUGCCGUUAUUGUGAAAAGUCCUUUUUAAAAGCUUUGGAACCUGAAGAGCCACAUGGCGGUACACAGCGAGAGUGCCAAUUAUGUCUGUUCCGAGUGCAAUGGUGGUAUGUUGAGCCGUGCUUUUCGAUUUUGCGUCCAUCGUACUCCUUCUUGAUUCGUUUAACAACCUGGUUUCCGAUUACACAGGCUUCCGAAGAGCGAACGACUUGCGUCGCCAUCAACGGAUUCAUACAGGCCAGAAACCUUUCUCUUGUGAAGACUGUGGCAAGAGCUUUUCACGGACAGAUGCCAUACCCGGAUCUCUUUUGGGGUCUUGAAGAGCAUCCAGAGAAUUACAGCGGAGCUGUGGGCCAUGUAGUAGCACCACCACUAAUGCCGUAUCAGAUGCCUCCUUGGCAAGCACAUCAGUAUCAGCAAUAUCAGCAAGCUAUGCGUUUCUUAUAUCCUCGACCCAUGUAUACCGGCUACUUUCAUAUGGAUGACGAUUUGCUGAGAGAUAUGGAAGCAGUACCCAGUAUCCGUAUCAGCUCGCCAACUACUGAUCUGCCUCAUCCUCAUAACGUAAAUGUAAUGCCAGCUCCUCCAAUGUCCAAUUUUGGACUAAUGCCAGUACAUGAUGACGAACACGGUUUAUAUCCGUAUGAUAGUAGUGCCAUGCAGUCAUAUCCAUCACCUGCACGGUCGGUAUCUCAUCCGGCAAGCCCUGGUAGAGACCAUCACUUGCCUCCCAUAAUCGUCAACCCAAAUGUCAUGUCGCAACCUAUCCCACCGACGCCACCACCAUCACCCAUUCAGAAAGUAGAUGCUGCAGCUAGUAUGCCGAGACGCAGGAAACGCCGUUCUGCCGGCAGCUCGUUGUUCGAAUGUCCACAUUGUGACAAGUCGUUUGCCAAAUCCUGGAACUUGCGCUCGCACAUGGUCGUACACGAAACUGCUUUGGACUUUGUAUGUGAUCAGUGCGGCCACGGCUUCAAAAGAAUGACGGAUUUGAAGCGUCAUGAACGUAUUCAUACAGGUGAAAAGAAGUACUCUUGUGAGGUCUGCCACAGAACAUUCGCUAGAGCUGAUAAUGCUUCCAGUGUUUACGUGGAUAUUUGGAAAAUGUCAACAAACAAUCAAAAUGACGCAACUCUUGAUGUAGACACCGUUGUGAUGGAUGAAGCUAGUUAUAGACUUUCAACUUCUCUACAGUGGCAAACGGAAACUGAUGGACUUAUGGAGAAUGACGGUAGUAUGCCAUACCAAGCACACUUUUGCGGUCUUCAGCUCCAGCAAGAUCAUACCGAGUUCUACCAUGGAUUUGCAGCCAGUACAACAGCACCGCUAGCGACAUACCAGAUGGCCUCAUGGCACGCAUAUCAGCAACAGCAACAAUAUCAGCAAUCUAUGGCAAUGUUCUAUGCUGGGCAUAUGUAUGACAUGCACCUGGACGACGAAAUUUUAAAAAUGGGUGAGGUACCCAGUACCAUGAGCAGGUCUACUAUUGGUGAUGUGCCUCUCCCUCACAAUGUAAAUGUAAUCCCAACUCCGACGGAAAUGUCGUCGAAUGUUGUGCAUUUGCCAGUACACGGUGACCAGCACGUGCUACAUCCAUAUGGCACCAGCCAGUUAAAUCCAUCACCAGCACGGUCUGCAUCGUAUCCAGCACUUCCUGGUCAAGGGCAUCAUUUGCUACCCAUAAUCGUCAAUGUGAGGUCGCCGCCGACGCCACCGCCAUCACCCGUAGAGAAGGUGGAAGCUACAGUAGAAGCUAGUAUACCAAAACGCAGGAAACGUCGCACUGCUGGUAGCGCGUUGUUGGAUUGCCCACAUUGUGACAAGUCGUUCCACAAAUCCUGGAAUCUCCGAUCGCACAUGGUCGUACACGAAACUACUUUCGACUUUGUAUGUGAUCAGUGCGGCCACGGCUUCAAGAGAAUGACGGAUUUGAAGCGCCAUGAACGUAUUCAUACAGGACAAACACCCCAUCGUUUCGAGCGAUUCGAUUAUUUCAAAGAUGAGUGCAUUAUAACCCAAUCUCCAUUUGCUUCAACACCAAGAACCGCAACAGCCAAACACCCCCAACAACAAGUCAUGGUGCAACUGAUAUCCUACUACCCACCUCUUAUAUUCGCAGUCCUAUCAAUCGCAUACCACUCGUCAACACUCCCAGCCAGAGAUUCUUCUGCUGGCAAAAACACAGGCUUCACAUUCAACCUAGUGAAUGCACCACCAAUUGUGCCGAUCAAUGCACAAGAUGAAUGGAGGAAUGACUUGUUGAUGGUCAAGCAGCCACGUGAGGACUGGAAAUUGGAUCUAGUUGGAGAGGAGGCGUUGAGUGUCGAUUUCUUGCAUGGGGUUGCGAGUGGUGACCCGACGAGUGAUUCUGUCAUAAUAUGGACGAAACUGACACCAACAAGCACCCACAAUCCAAUCCUCGUACAAUACGAGCUAUUUGCAGACGGCGCCUCAGAUAUAUCCAAACCACGAACUAGAAUACAAUACGGAGUUGUAUUAACCGAUAACGAUGUUGAUUAUACAGUCAAAAUCGACGUAAACGGGCUAAAGGCGUCAACUAGGUAUUUUUUCCAGUUUACAGCACUCUCGUCACCAACAGGAAGCAAACAAAAUACGACAGUACUUGCUAAAUCUGUUAUGGGAUCUACAAAGACAUUGCCGGCCAAAGAUGAAGAUGUUGCGCAAAUGAAGAUUGUAGUAGUGAGCUGCUCCAAUCUUGCGUGGGGAUUUUUCAAUGGAUACGCAUCUGCUGCAAGACAUGGGGAUAUUGAUUUGGUGAUUCAUUUGGGAGACUACAUUUACGAAUACAUGAAUGGAGAAUACGGUGACGGUACAUCCAUGGGUCGCAUCCCAACACCUAACCACCACCUCCUCACAUUACAAGACUACCGCAUACGGCACGCCCAAUACAAGACAGACCCAGAUCUCCAAGAACUGCAUUUGAACACUCCCAUGAUUGCCAUUUUUGACGACCAUGAAUUUUGGGACGAUGCGUUCAAACCUCAUACGGAUCCUUUACGAAAUCGUGUAAAGGGCGCUAUACGAGCUUAUUUCGAGUACAUGCCGAUACGGCCGUUAGGAAAGAAUGACGAGUCAAGGAUAUAUAGGAGUUUCCAGUUGGGGAAGCUUGCGGAUUUGAUAAUGCUUGAUACGAGGAUUGAAGGGAGGGACGAGAGUGGUGUUUGGGAUGGUGAGAUUGUUGGUGAUGCUAAUAGAACAAUACUAGGCUUUGAACAAGAACAAUGGCUAUACAACGAGCUCCUCACAUCCCAAUCCCGUGGUGCACAAUGGCGACUCUUGGGAAACCAAGUCGUCUUUUCACCACUCCAAGCAUGGGAACAAAUUCUGAAUCCUGAUGCAUGGGACGGGUACCCAGCUAAUCGACAACGAGUGUUGGAUGUGCUUGAGAAUGGGAAUGUGGAUAAUGUUGUGUUUAUGACUGGAGACAUUCAUGCAGCAUUUGCCUUUGACGUUACCCUGCACCCAACCCGCCCAUCCCACUAUAACGCAUCCACCGGCAAGGGAUCCGUAGCCGUCGAGCUCGUGACACCAUCAAUAGCAUCCCCCUCACCACUGGAACAUAUCGCUUUGAUCGGCGACUACCUUUCCACACCAUCAGUCAGCCUAGUCACGUCGAUGGAGCCGCACCUAAAAUUCACGGAUUUGCUUAGACAUGGAUACAUGAUUGUCACAUUGACACCAGAGAUUCUGCAAUGCGAUUUCUGGUUUAGUGAGACUAUUAGAAGGAGUGAUGCCAGUAAGAGGCUUGGUGCGAGUGUGUUUGUUGAGAGGGGGGCGAAUAGGAUCACAAAGGUUGUGCAGUAUCCGUUGUAG